GGAGAAGGAGAAUGGCAAAGGAAUAUUCUUGAAGAUCCGUUUCAAGAUUCCUUCUUCCAAAGAAUCCAACAAAACCUUUCUGAUGAAUCCCUAAAAUAUUAUCCAUCGACUCUUUUAAAAGAAACAAUUCAAAUCCGAAAAAGCCCUCUUCCUUUUUAUCGUCACCAUGACGUUGGAGAGUUACAACGGCGAUGUACACACCGUACCUCAGUCAGAGAACUCACCGAUCGAGACCGAGAAAGAGAGAGAGAUUUUCGUGCCGCCGCUCAACUUCGCUAUGGUGGAUAACGGAAUAUUCCGUUCAGGUUUCCCUGAACCGGUUAGUUUCAGCUUCCUCCAGUCUCUGCGACUCCGAUCCAUCAUGUAAUCUCUCCGUUUUUGAUUCCGUCGUCGUCUUGGUUAGAGAAUCAUACUUGUGCCCUGAGCCAUAUCCAGAGGUGAAUGUAGAGUUUGCCAAAUCGAAUGGGAUCCAAGUGUUUCAGUUUGGAAUCGAGAGAUGCAAGGAACCCUUUGUUAAUAUCCCGGACCAAGUUAUCCGAGAAGCAUUACAAGUACUCCUAGAUACAGAGAAUCAUCCUGUCUUAAUUCACUGCAAAAGUGGCAAGCACCGGACCGGAUGUCUAGUCGGGUGUGUGAGGAAGAUACAGAGAUGGUGUUUGUCUUCCAUCUUCGACGAGUACCAGAGAUUUGCAGCUUCCAAAGCUAGGAUCUCAGACCAGAGAUUCAUGGAGCUCUUUGACAUCUCCAAUCUAAGGCAUUCACCACUCUCCUUCUCAUGUUCCAAGAGGUGCUGAUCACUGAAAGCGAAACGUACGUACAACUUAAGGUGUUGUUGAAUGUCUUUAAAAGUUGCAAAGUCUCUUCAGCUAGAUGAAAAAUCAUUCAAAUAAAAAACCCUUUUAUUACAAUCUAAAUAAAUUAAAAUUGUAGGGUUUUUCUAGAGGGGAAAUGGAUAGGAUUGUUACGAGACUCUCCAUUUAAACGUUAUCAUGUAGAACCAGUUUUAUCAUAAAGUCUUUUUACUAAA